CGUCACUGCGUAUGUCCAUAACAGGGCUGCAGCUGUCUGAGAGCAACAACAACAAGCUCUACCCAACAACUUCAACGCGGGUGUAACGCUACUGACAACGCUAAAGAACACUCAUAAUUACAAAAUGCAACUGUCGACAUAAUUCUGCCGUUCGGGUCUUAGUUCUCCGCGCUGAAAACCGGCUUAUCGUCGCGACCAGCGCCGCGGAACAAACGCGAAGACUCGGCCGCAGGGGGAGCAGGGCAGUUCGGGGCUGCAUCUGGGUCAGUGGGCCUAUCGGUGGCUGUACCGGUGGUUUUGUCAUCCCUGCACUCUCCCAUUGCGCCUGUCAUUCGUUUAUAUACAUCGUGUCAGCUGUAUGAACUGUGGUAACAUGCAGGCUAACGGGGAAGAGCAGGACCGUGAUUCAGAACUGUCAUGCCGAAACGGUGCACAGAAUGGAGAGUCGUCCUCCGUCGGCGCAGCUCACUCUAACGGACUUCUGUCAGUCACUAACAAUGGAAAUGCUGUCAGCAACAACAACGGUGUGCCAGCCCAGCCCGUUUCCAACAACAACAGCACGUCGGAUACCAACUCUGGCGUCAAAAAGAAGAAGCGUCUGUCUCAGUCUGAGGAGGAUGUCAUCAGGCUGAUAGGACAACAUUUAAACGAUUUAGGUCUCAAUCAGACAGUGGACCUUCUGAUGCAGGAAUCAGGCUGCAGACUGGAGCAUCCCUCUGCCACCAAGUUCCGCAAUCAUGUUAUCGAAGGAGAGUGGGACAAGGCUGAGAGUGACCUGAAUGAGCUGAAGGCAUUAAUGCAUUCUCCAAGUGCUAUAGUGCGGAUGAAAUUCCUGCUGUUGCAGCAGAAAUAUCUGGAGUAUCUGGAGGAUGGGAAGGUCUUGGAGGCUCUGCAGGUCCUCAGAGCUGAGCUCACUCCUCUCAAGUAUAACACAGAGCGUAUCCACAUCCUCAGCGGGUACCUGAUGUGCAGUCACGCAGACGACUUGCGAGCCAAAGCUGAGUGGGAAGGCAAAGGCACGGUAUCCCGGACAAAACUGCUGGACAAGCUCCAGACUUACCUGCCUCCAUCAGUGAUGCUGCCUCCUCGCCGCCUGCAAACUCUGCUGAAGCAGGCAGUGGAGCUGCAGAGGGAGCGCUGUCUCUACCACAACACCAAACUGGACAGUGGCUUAGACACUGUGUCUCUGCUCCUGGACCAUGCCUGCAGCCGGAAGCAGUUCCCUUGCUACACACAGCAGAUUCUUACUGAACACUGUAAUGAAGUCUGGUUCUGCAAAUUCUCCAAUAAUGGCACAAAGCUGGCGACUGGGUCCAAAGAUACCACAGUCAUUGUAUGGCAAGUUGACAUGGAAACCCAGCAGCUAAAGUUGAUGAAGACUCUGGAGGGUCAUGCUUAUGGAGUUUCUUACCUGGCAUGGAGCCCUGAUGAUACCUAUCUGAUAGCCUGUGGUCCUGAUGACUGCUCUGAGCUGUGGCUGUGGAAUAUACAGACAGGAGAACUGCGAACAAAGAUGAGUCAAUCUCAUGAGGAUAGCCUUACUAGUGUCGCUUGGAAUCCAGAUGGCAAACGUUUCGUCACUGGCGGCCAGAGAGGGCAAUUCUACCAGUGUGAUUUGGAUGGAAACCUGUUGGAUUCGUGGGAAGGAGUACGGGUGCAGUGCCUGUGGUGUCUGACUGACGGCCGGACCGUCCUCGCAUCAGACACCCACCAACGUAUCCGGGGAUACAAUUUUGAGGACCUGACAGACAGAAACAUAGUGCAGGAGGAUCAUCCCAUCAUGUCUUUCACUGUUUCUAAAAAUGGAAGAUUAGCUCUGCUCAAUGUUGCUACUCAGGGAGUGCACCUGUGGGACCUGCAGGACCGAGUGCUGGUAAGGAAGUACCAAGGGGUGACCCAGGGCUUCUACACCAUCCAUUCCUGCUUUGGGGGGCACAAUGAGGACUUCAUUGCUAGUGGCAGUGAAGACCACAAAGUUUACAUCUGGCACCGGCGCAGUGAGCUGCCCAUCGCAGAGCUGACUGGUCACACCCGGACAGUCAACUGUGUGAGCUGGAACCCUGUCUUGCCUGGACUGCUUGCCAGUGCCUCAGAUGACGGAACCGUCCGAAUCUGGGGGCCCGCUCCAUUCCUGGAUGUCCAGGAUGCAGAAGGUCUUAAUGGAGUGAGAAGCGAGAAUGGAGUUGAAAAGACCAUUGCUACCUACUCAGGGGAGUUCUCCGUGCGGAGCAAUGGAGCCAGCCGGCUAUUGUUUGAUCCCAACAGGAGCUUCUUGAUCUCGCUGAGCUCUCCAAAACUGCCGGGAUGACAUAAGAUAUUCCGGAGGAAUUACUACAGAAGAGACGUAGAGGGAAGCGAGCUGGAAUAAAAAGUAACAGGAAGCAGAGGGAGAGAGUUCAGAGAAAUGCUUAUAGACCGGCUCUUCCAUCUGUUAUCAUGGGAAAUAUUUGCUCCAUGGGAAACAAGAUAGAAGAGCUUGAGACACUCGUCAGGAGCCAGAGAGUCUACCAGGAAAGCAGCCUUAUGUUUAACACAGAAGCAUGGAUGAAAGACUGUAUUACCGAGAAUAACACCAGAAUCAGAGGCUUCCGGACUGUACGAGCGAACCAGGAUGCCACAGCGUGCGGUAAGAGGAGAGGUGGAGGACUUGCUCUGCUUGUGAUUGACAGAUGGUGUAACCCUGCACACGCUAUCAUCAAAGAAUGGAUCUGCAGCAGGACAUUGAACUGUUAGCAGUUAGUCUGAGACCAUACUGUCUGCCACGAGAGUUCACUGUGAUCAUCGCCAUUGUUGUUUACAUUCCUCCUACUGCACACGCUGAAACUGCUUGUGACAGUUAAUUCAACUAACGUGAGACUGCAAGCCAAACAUCCACACUCACUCAUUCUACUUUCCGGUGAUUUCAACGUCUCUAUCUCCAAUAUACUGCCCUCCUUCAAACAGUUUGUGGACUGCCUGACAAGAGUAGAUAAGAUUCUUGAUCUUUUGUAUGCUAAUGUUGGAAAUACAUACAAAGCUACUGCACCACUGCCGCCUCUUGGUGUAUCAGAUCACAAUCUGCUACACCAAUCUUCCUACAUUCCAGUUGCUAAGAGACUACCUGUCAUCACGAGGAUGGUGAAAUGCUGGUCCCUGGAAGCAGAGGAACCCCUGCAAGACUGCCUGGAGCUCACAAACUGGAAUGUUUUCUGUUAGUCAUAUGGGAAUGACAAGGACUCAGAUUGCAUCUCUGAACACAUCGUUUUCUGUGCAGAUGCUAGCAUCCUCAGCAUGGAGAUUCAGUGCUUCCCCAACAACAAACCUUGGGUCACCAACAGCCUGAAAGCCCUGCUAAACCAGAAGAAAAUGGCUUUCAGGGAGGGUGACAGAGACAAAGUAAAGGCACUGCAAAAAGUAGAGGAAGAUUGAGGAGGUCAAAGAAGCCUUCAGGGUGAAACUGAAACAUCAGCUGAGGCAAGAUAGUGUGAACCACGCAUGGUCCGCUAUGAGGAAGAUCACUAGUUUUGGGCGGAAGGGUGGACUGCUGCUGGACCGAAACCAGGACCUGGCUGAUGGCGUGAAUGCCUUCUUCAAUAGAUUCAACAUCACUGCCCUAUCUUCUCAGCUCCCUGUAGUACUCACUCUUCCAGCCUGCAGCUUGACCUACUCCUCCCACUCUCCUCCUCCAACCCAAACUUCUACCACUAUCCUAUCAAGGUUACCCCUUUCCCCUCCCCCACCAGCUCUGGUGCCUUCGGCUCAGUUCCACUUCCCCUCACUCCUCCCUCUCUGACUCAAUCGCACUUCCCUUCCCCCAGCUCGACUGCCAUCUCAUCCUUAACAAUCCAGCCUUUUCAGGUGAAAAGGGAACUGGACAGGGUGAAACCGUGCAAAGCAGCUGGUCCUGAUGGGAUCAGCCCCAGACUGCUGAAGACCUGCUCCACUCAGCUGUGUGACAUCCCCACAUUCCUGUUCAACCUCAGCCUGAAUCUGCAGAAGAUCCCCACACUGUGGAAAACAUCCUGCAUAGUCCCUGUCUCCAAGAGAAAACAUCCUACUGACUCCUGUGACUACAGACCUGUAGCCCUCACUUCUCAGACCAUGAAGACACUUGAGAGACUGGUCCUUUCUCAUUUACGACCCAGGGUGAGGACCUAUACAGACCCCCUACAGUUCGCAUAUCAGCCCAGCAUUGGUGUGCAAUGAUGCCCUCAUCUACAUGCUCCAGAGGGCCUGUGGAUAUCUGGACACUGUUGAUGCGACAGUGAGGAUCAGGUUUUCUGAUUUUUCAAGUGCCUUCAACACUAUCAAGCUGGCGCUACCUGGCGAGAAGAUGAGGAUGAUGCAGGUGGAGUCAGCACUGGUCUCCUGGGUCAUGGACUAUCUGACCUGCAGACCACAGUAUGUUCGUUUGCAGAACUGUGUGUCCAACAAAAUCCUCACCAGCACGGGUGCCCCACAAGGAACUGUCCUGUCCCCUUUCCUCUUCACAUUAUAUAUGUCUGACUUGAGGUAUUACUCAGACAGCUGCUUUCUUCAGAAAUUUUCUGAUGACUCCGCGGUUGUCGACUGUAUCAGAGGAGGACGUUAGGAGGAGUACAGAGACAUGAUCUUGGACUUUGUUGACUGUUGCAACAUCAACCACCUUCUACUAAACACCUCUAAACCAAGGAAAUGGUGAUUGACUUCAGGAGGAAGAAGUCCACACCAACACCAGUCACCAUUCUUGGCACGGAGGUGGAGAUUGUCUCCAACUAUAGGUACCUGGGAGUGCAGCUGGACAACAAGCUGGACUGGUCCAGCCACAUGGAGGCAGUAUAUAAGGACCAAAACAGACUAUAUUUCCUGCAAAGGUUAAGGUCUUUUAUCAUCAGCAGGCCUCUUUUAUGUACAUUUUACCAGAGUAUGGCGGCCAGUGCUUUAUUCUUUGGGGUUGUAUGUUGGGGGCAGGGACUUGUUCCAGGCGGAGGGGGCCCGCUCCGGGGACAGAAACCGGCUGAAUUAAGCUUGUUUUAUGCUUGCCGCGUCCGCGAGAUCCGUGCGGAAAAAUUACGUCAUUUUCACACCCACGCCCCCUCGAGCAGCCUUUCCAUGCGGAAAAUUUCCGCUCCGCGCACCUCCACAUUUUUCUAACCAACGCGGAUGGAGCCGCGCAGAAAAACAUGGCGGAGGGCCAGAACCUACUUGUAGCUGAAGUCUAGAAAUACGUGCACUUAAACGAUUCAUCACACAGAGAUCACCGUGGUAACCGGGUUAUGAGCUAUUCAUGGUGUGAAAUUAAAACUAACUGCUGAAAUGCUUUUAUUCGGUAAAAUGCCGUGUUGUAAGUGGUGUAAACAAUGGUAAACUUCUUCUCUAGUUUAGUACCAGAGUAGACCAGGUAGACGUGUGUUUGAGAUACACUGCCCCCUGCAGUUUGGAAGCAGACUUCUUCUUCUCUAGUUUAGUACCAGAGUAGACCAGGUAGACAUGUGUUUGCGAUACACUGCCCCCUGCAGUUUGGAAGCAGACGCCGCACGAAGUAUAAAUGCACACACAUUCUCUCGAGCGGAUUUCCGUGUGGCUGAUUUCCGCGCGUCUCGUUCAUGUGGAAAGUAUAUUCCAGCCUUAAGCUGAUUAAGAAGGUGAGAUGCACAACUUUUUGUUGAGAUGGGAUCAGUGCAAGUGGCUGGGGUGAGAAUGCUCAGGAACUGAACUCUAUUAUGGGGCAAUGCUUCUCACCUACUACACAAUCUGGAGGGGUUUAGGCGGAGCACCUUCAGCCACAGACUCAUCCCCCCUCAGAGCAGGUCUGAGCGCAACAGGAAGUCCUUCCUACCAACUGCAAUCAGGCUUUUCAAUUCACAGUAAUUAACAUUAAUAUUUAUAUAUGAUUUAUAUACUGUUUAAUUUCCAUUUUCCAUUUUUAAACUUGUUAAAUGUGAUUGCAUUGAGAGAAAAAAAUCCCACAAUUAUUUUAGCUAUGACGUUAAUGCAAGACCAGCAAGACCGAUUACAGAUGGAGUGAUUCUUACCAACAUCUAAGCUAGUUGUUUAUUUUAUUUUAUCUAGCCUCUUUCUAUCAUGGAGGUAGACUAAAUCUUAGAAUUACUCUCAGUAAAACACCACAGUUGUACAAACUACUGGCUCCAAAAUUGCUAUAAAGUUAAGGCAGCACUUACAGUAAAUGAGAAGUCAAACCCUGAUGACAGGAAGAGUUAUAGCAGGAAUGCUGGAUUACUGCCUUUUCAAGUGGAAAGGCAGUGUACAUACCAAUGUAAAAGCCAAGCAUUGUUGCUGUGCUCAUGCCAAGAAAGUGGUUAAAAGUUAAUGGUUUUGACUCUAAGUGACACAGGUGAUUUUAGUUUCAGUCACUGACAGCAAAGAAAUCUUUUACCAUUUGUGCUAUUGGUGUGUUGGUUUAUUGUAGUGACCUGACUUACUAAAAAAAGAUGAUUAUAUCCAAGCAUAGCAUCUGUCAGGAUGACAACCUGUGUGUCUUUCCUUUCCCAUCAGAAUGUUGCAGCAUGGAUAGCUGAUGAUCAGCUAUUGCUGUCAACCUGGCAGGCAUUAAGACUCUGUAGACACUUGAAUGGAUGAAGCGGGGGGAGGUUUUGGUGAUAUGGACAACUGCUUCCUGGAGGUGUGGCCAGCAGUCAGGAUGUCCCAACGUAGUGAUAUCAAACUCACUCAGAAAGAGAACAGCUGGACUAGUGAAGUUGGGCUCCAGGAUGUCAAGUAUCUGACUCAACUCCUCCUCCUGUCUGGACCUGUUCCCUCAGCACCAUGCAGGACCACCCACAUCCUGUUAUUUAUUAUCAGCUAGGUUAUUUAUCAUGAGUAGAUCACUGACUAGUGCUAGGCUGUGACGUAGCAGAACCUGUUGGAGGAUGUGCGUUAUCUUCAGUUCCCUGACUGAGCUGCUCACAUAAGGAGACUUCAGCUUUUUUUCCCUUAUUCACCUCCUGAACUUUUUACGAGAGUCUACUUGUAGGAACAUUUGAUGGAUGUAACACCCACUUAAGGAGAAACUUCUAACUGGAAAAAUCUAUGUUAUCUUGUGUUUUCAUUUAAGGAAGAAGACAUUAAUGUUUUUUCUCCCUUUACCUUUCCUGCUUAUAUCCAGAGAAAGAGUAGUAUUUGAUGAGCAUGUUGUGUAGGAUUGCACGGGACAGCAUUUUGAUUGCUUACCCAUGUUUUACACUUGCAGUAUGUCCUGCUAAAACUGUUCAAAUGUAUUAAGUGGUUUGUUUGCCUUCUGAAAGCAUACAACAACCAGUGUAUGCAAACCUUUAGAAUUCAAGGGAUUAUCUGUGGACCUGUACCUUUCACAUAUGAAUUACCAAGUGUAGCUUUCCUUGUACAUCAAUUUCCCUUUCUUUGCUAUUUAUUUUGGUUCUUAUUGCAGGUUAUUGCCGUCUCUCCCUGUAUACAAACAGCAAGCUUUACAAUAUGUUUUUGGUUUGGUUUAGUUGUUACAUGUGAAGUUUUAUUCAUCAUUAUAUUUGUUUUUUUAUUUACUACAAGUGGAGCUGUAACAUUUAAAGAUACUCCCAUGUUUCUUACUGUAUCAAGUAGAGCCCCCAGAAUACUCUUUUUUUCUAAAGUUAAAAUAUAUGUUUCAUAUAACAAAAAAAUCCCAUGAAUUUGACAUCCUUUGUUCUGUGGCUCUCAGAAGAUGAUAAUCUUUGAAGACAUGUUAAUCAAGGCUAUGUGAUUUCCGAACAUACCUGGCCACUGUAGUUUUGAACAAACAUUAGUUGGAGUUGGAGACUUUUUUCAGUGACGGAUGAAUCGACAUCCGGUGCCCUUGUGAGUAUUUAGGGCAGCAGGAUAGUGUACACGGGACUGACAAAAAAAUACUACAGUGAGAGUUCAUGGCCUAUCAUAUUUUUCAAGUUUUUUGGAUAAAAGUGAACCUCUGGAUUAGGGGAAUCUGAUAUAGCCACUUUUGUUGCACUUGUUAGGAUGCAUUCAUUUUAUUGAUGAGUAAAUGUUAAAACAAAUUAAAAAACAAAAACAGCAAAUUACAAGCCUGAUCCUUUAUGUUCAACACAUCAACAGUGACCUGAAGGGACACAGUAACAAAGUGAUGGUAGUGUCUUCAACAGUCAGGGUGUGACACAUCUGUACACAAGUGUAACAUAAAGUAAUUAUGAAACACAAAAGUGUUUUCAGAGAGUCGCAAGAACAAUCUUGCCGGACGCAUUGUUCUAUGUAAUAUGUGCUGUAUAUUUGUAUGUUAUGGCAUGUAUUAUGAGGCUGUGUACAAAUGGCAAAUAUGAUGAUAAUGUAUGUUUUUACGGGUUCCCAUGCUUGUUCCAUUUACUUUCAAAUUUUAAAAGGUUUCAGCUGCUUUUUAAGAGCAUCACACCAAAUUUUCUUAACAUGAAGUAGAAAAUGUACAUUUACAACUGCUAACACUGAAAAUUAGUUUUAAGAUUCAAAAACCUGCAAAAUUGCAUUUCAGCAUGUAUUGAUUUUGUGCAAACUGCUUUUAUAUAUUCUGUUUACGAGUUUAUUAGAAUGAGAAUUCUUUUCAUCAAACAUUUCUACUCAUUAACAAAAACUGCAGGACUGUGGGAACCCUGUUUAUCUGGUCAGACACCACUGCAGCCAUCACAAGCUUCAACUUCUCCAUCACACAUCACAUACGUGGGUGCACAACAAUAGAUGUUUCUCACAGAGUUAAGUCAGUCACAGCUGUGGUGUUCUAGUUUCUUUUUCUGUGGCCCCUUUGAGUUAGUCAGCUCCAGAAAUAUUUGGACAUUAACACAAUUUUCAGCUUUUCGGUUUUGUACACCACCACAAUGGAUUUGAAACUGAUCCAAAAAAUCAAGAUGUGUUUUAAAUGCAGAGCUUUAAUUGAGGGUUUUUACAUCCAAAUCAGGUGAACAUUGUAGGAAUUACAACACAUUUUAUUUGUGCCCUCCACCUUUUUAAGGGACCAAAAGUAAUUGGACAAACUAACAUAAUCAUAAAUCAAAUUGUCACUUUUAAUAUUUGGUUGUAAAUCCUUUGCAGUUAAUGACAGCCUGAAGUCCAGAACCCACAGACAUCACCAGACACUGGGUUUGGUCCCUGGUGAUGCUCUACCAGGCCUCUACUGCUGCUGUCUUCACUUCCUGCUUGUUCUUGGGGCAUUUUCCCUCCAGUUCUGUCUUCAGCAAGUGAAAUACAGCUGAGUUCGAUUCAGGUCAGGUGACUGACUUGGUCAUUGCAGAACAUUCCACUUCUUUGCCUUAAAACACUUCAGAAUUCACCCUGCUGCUUUUGUCAGCAGACACAUCUUAAUAAAUAUAAGAGAACCAGUUCCAUUGGCAGCCAUACAUGCUUACUCCAUUAUACUACCACCACCAUGCUUCACUGAUGAGGUGGUAUGCUUUGGAUCUUGAGCAGUUCCUUCUCUUCUCCAAACUCUUCCCAUCAUUCUGCUCCAAGUUGAUCUUUGUAUCUGCUCUCAGAUGUACGUCGCUUUAGAUGAAAGCGUCUGCUAAAUGAAAUUGUAGAAUUGUAGAAGUUGAUCUUUGUCUCAUCUGUGCGUAGGAUGUUGUUCCAGAACUGCACAUGUUCUUUUAGAUGUUUCUUUGGCAAUCUGGUCUUCCCAUUUUUGAGGCUCACCAAUAGUUUACAGCUUGUGGUGAACCCUGUGUAUUCACUCUGGUGAAAUCUUAAUAGUUGACUGCAGAGUGUUUUUGAUUUGGCCAACCUUUGUGAAAAGGGUUUGCCUUGACCAGGGAAAGGUUUCUUCUGUCGUCCACCACACUUGUUUUCCAGGGUCUUCCAGGUCUGUUGACAUUGCUGAGCUCACCAGUACAUUCUUUCUUUUUAAGAAUGUAUCAAACAGCUGAUUUGGCUACACUGAAUGAUUUUGCCAUCUCUCUGAUGGGUUUGUUUAGAUUUUUCAGCCUAAUGAUGGCUCGCUUCACUGAUAGUGAUGCUCUUUGGACUUCAUAUUGAGAGUUGACUUCACCAGAUUCCAAACACAAAUACCACACUUGAAGUGAACUCUAGACCUUUGAUCUGCUCCUUGUAAAUGAAAUAAUGAGGGAAUAACACACACCUGGCCAUGGAACAGCUGAGCAGCCAACUGUCCAACUACCUUUGGUCCCUUCAAAAAGGAGGAGGGCGCAUAUAAAAUGUGUUGUAAUUCCUACACUGUUCAGGUGAUUUGGAUCUAAAUACCCUUAAAUUAAAGCUGAAAAUCUGCACUUGAGGCACAUCUUGAUUGUUUCACUUCAAAUCCAUUGUGGUGGUGCACAGAGUUGAAAUGCUGAAAAUUGUGUCAAUGUCCAAGUAUUUAUGGACCUGACUGUAGUUUAGUUUGUUUAUACUAAGUAUUUCAGGCUUUCUUCAUUUCUCUUUCAGCUAAAAGAAGCCAAAGUAGGAACUAUGUUUGCUUGCAGGCAGUUUCUGCCAGAGACCAUUUCACAUUUUAAAUGUGUUAUUACAGAAAGUGAUUGUACUGUUCAGUAUAGUUCUGUAGGAGAUUUGUUAUGUGUGCAUAUUUUAAAUAAAGCAAUCAGGGUUUUAAAUGGA